AUGUCGCAGGGUUCCAGGGAGAGUCCCCUCCGGGACACUGACGAGGUCAUUGAACUGGACUUCCCUCACCUACUGCAGGGGGAUGAAGUGAUCAGCAUUUUGAAGCAGGAACGCACACAGCUGCACUUAUGGAUUGCUUUGGCGUUGCAAUACUACAAACAAGGAAAAACAGGAGAGUUCGUCAAGUUGUUGGAAGCAGCACGCAUAGAUGGCACUUUGGACUACAGAGACCAUGAAAAAGACCAGAUGACUUGCUUGGAUACAUUGGCGGCCUACUACGUACAACAGGCUCGGAAGGAAAAGAAUAAAGACAACAAGAAAGAUCUUAUUGCACAGGCAAUCCUGUUGUACACCAUGGCCGACAAAAUCAUUAUGUAUGACCAGAACCAUUUACUGGGAAGAGCCUGUUGCUGCCUACUUGAAGGUGACAAAAUGGAUCAGGCGAAUGCACAGUUUCAUUUAGUGCUCAGCGAGUCUCCACAUAAUAUUCCAGCCCUCCUUGGUAAAGCUUGCAUUUCAUUCAACAGGGAGGAUUACAGGGGAGCUCUUGCUUACUAUAAGAAGGCAUUGCUUACUAACCCAGGAUGUCCAGCGGAAGUUCGUUUAGGAAUGGGCCACUGCCUUGUGAAACUUAACCAACUGGAGAAAGCUCGUCUGGCAUUCAGCAGAGCGCUGCAACUUAAUCCCAAAUGUGUGGGAGCACUGGUCGGACUGGCUGUUCUAGAGCUCAACAAGAAAGAGGCUGAUUCCAUCAGAAAUGGUGUCCAGCUUCUUUCUAGAGCUUAUGCCAUCGAUCCUAGCAACCCUAUGGUAUUGAACCACUUGGCAAAUCACUUUUUCUUCAAGAGGGAUUACAGUAAAGUCCAGCACUUGGCCCUCCAUGCUUUCCAAUACACAGAAGUGGAGGCUAUGCAAGCAGAAAGUUGCUACCAGCUGGCUAGAUCAUUCCAUGCCCAGGAAGAUUAUGACCAAGCUUUCGGGUACUACUGUCAAGCCACACAGUUUGCCUCAUCCUCUUUUGUGCUGCCAUUUUUUGGCUUGGGACAAAUGUAUAUUUAUCGAGGUGACAAAGAAAAUGCAUGUCACUGCUUUGAGAAAGUGUGGAAAGCUUAUCCUAAUAAUUAUGAAACUCUGAAAAUUCUUGGCUCUCUGUAUGCUGCCUCAGAAGAUGAAGAAAAACGAGACAUGGCCAAGAGCCAUUUGAAGAAGGUCACAGAGCAGUGUCCUGAUGAUGUUGAAGCUUGGAUUGAUUUGGCACAGAUCUUACAACAGACUGAUAUGCAGGGUGCCCUCUCAGCCUACGGAACAGCAAUACAGAUCCUUCAGGAGAAAGUACAGGCCCAUGUCCCCGCAGAGAUUCUAAAUAACGUGGGUGCCCUCCAUCUGAGACUUGGAAAUCUGGAAGAGGCAAGGAAAUGUCUUUUGGCAUCACUGGGUCGUGCAAAGGCUGAAGCGGACCAUGACGAACAUUAUUAUAAUGCCAUUUCUGUCACAACGUCCUACAACUUAGCCAGACUGUAUGAGGCGAUGUGUGAAUUCCAGGAAGCAGAAAAGCUGUAUAAGAACAUCCUACGGGACCAUCCUAACUAUGUGGACUGCUAUCUGCGCCUGGGAGCCAUGGCUAGAGAUAAGGGAAACUUUUACGAGGCUUCCAAUUGGUUUAAGGAAACACUGCAGAUUAACCAGCACCAUCCAGAUGCUUGGUCUUUGAUUGGUAAUCUUCAUUUGGCGAAACAAGAAUGGGGUCCUGGCCAGAAGAAGUUUGAGAGGGUACUAACACAACCGUCUACACAGAGGGACACAUACUCGAUGCUGGCCCUUGGCAACGUCUGGCUCCAAACUUUGCACCAGCCCGCUCGAGACAGAGAAAAAGAAAAGCGCCAUCAGGAUGGUGCUCUGGCCGUCUACAAGCAAGUACUCAGAAAUGACCCAAAGAACCUGUAUGCUGCUAAUGGAAUAGGAGCCGUUCUGGCCCACAAAGGCUAUUUCCGUGAAGCUCAUGACAUAUUUGCCCACGUAAGAGAAGCAACAGCAGAUAUCAGUGACGUGUGGCUGAACCUAGCACACAUCUACGUGGAACAGAAACAAUAUAGCAGUGCUGUCCAGAUGUAUAAAAACUGCCUCAGAAAGUUCUACAAGCACCAUAACACUGACGUUAUGCUCUAUUUGGCCCGGGCCCUCUUCAAGUGUGGCAAGUUGCAGGAAUGCAAACAGACUUUGCUGAAGGCUAUGCAUGUGGCCCCCAGUGAUACAGUUCUGAUGUUUAAUGUGGCCUUGAUCCUGCAAAGGUUAGCUGCCUCUGUCCUGACAGAUGAGAAGAGAAAUCUGAAGGAAGUCCUUGAAGCUGUGAAAGAGCUGAAGCUUGCACACAGAAACCUCAGUUACUUGAGUAAAGAGGGAGAUAAAAUGAGAUUGGAUUUGGCCCUUGCUGCCACAGAAGCCAGGCAGUGCUCUGACUUACUGAGCCAGGCCCAACACCAUGUGGCCCGGGUACGCAAACUGGACGAAGAACAGAGGAAGUUUCGGGCCAAACAAGAGCAAGCAAAAGAACUGUUGAGGCAGAAACUUGUUAAGGAACAGGAAGAGAAACAUCUGAGAGAGAAGGAAGAGCAGAAGAAGCUUUCAGAACAGCGGGCCCAGUAUGUUGAGAAGACCAAAAAUAUUCUAAUGUCUUUUGGAGAGAUCAAAACAGCAAAAGGAAAGAAAAGAGGCAGUGGUGGUGGAUGGAGUUUUAAGAAGGGAGAGUUUGAUGAAGUUGUCAAUGAUGACUCAAAUGGAGACCUGCCAGUAUACAAAAAGAAGAGAAGCAAUGGCAGUGAUAGUGAGCAAGAAAGCGAAGAAGAGGAGGGAGGAGAGAGAAAGAAGAAAAAGAGAAGACUUACUAAGGGAGAAGAAGGAUCUAAUGAUGAAGAAACAGAAAAUGGCCCCAAACCGAAAAAGUGCUGCUCACCAAGAGCAGAGAAGAAGGCGCCCAAGCCAGACCGCCUGCCUCCUUCAAAGAAGGGAAAAAUAAAAUCUGGAGCCAUCAUAUCUUCAAGUGAUGAUUCUUCAGAGGAAGUAAACUGA